AUGACUCGCGCACCUAUAACCUCGUCACCCUCGCACAGUCCACCCAGUUACGCGGAUUCAACUGGUUUAUCAGAACCAUCAAAACUGCAUGUAAAAGAAACAAAUAAUAAACAUCGUCACAGUAGUCAUCUUCCGCCCACUUAUCGUUAUUUGAAUUCAGUGGCGGAUGAUGACUUUUUACAUGAUAUUGGUAACGAUGAAGAAUUACCAUCUUAUGAAGCAGCAACUUCAAAUGGCAUCUCUACAGCUAGUGCUAAUAAAUGUAACAUUGAGGUACAGAAAGAUGAUGAAAAUACCUAUAUUGAAUGA